AUGGGCCCCUACCCGCGCACGAGUAGGGGAAAACAAUAUAUACUGGUCGCCACGGAUUUGUUUAGUAGGUGGACCGAGGCAUACCCCCUCGGAACAGCCACUACAAAAACAAUAACCGAAACGCUCGAACGAGAAUUCUUUUCAAGUUUCGGAUACCCCCGUGUGUGCUUAAGCGACAACGACCCACAGUUCGUAGCAAACGAUAUGCGUAAAGCGAUCGAACAGUGGGGAGCCGAGGGCUGGACAACUCCGGUAUAUCACCCGAGGGCCAACCCAGUCGAACGCCGUAACCAGGAAAAGGUCUACGCGCGCUACUCGCCAAUGGCAACCACAACACCUGGGACACCAAAUUAG